AUGGCAAAAACGGCGCCUGACGCAAAGAACAGGCCUGCCGGCAAUGCUGGCAAUGCUGGACAAGCUGGCAAGCCGCAGGUGCGGUUUGUCCCAGAAGCUUCGCAGAGCAAGGCUGCGGACCAGGAGCUACAGGACUACAACCAGAAACUCAGUGACAUCUCAGAAAGGCUUUGCAAGGGAGUGGAGUCCAAGGAUGAGAGGGCUGUCCAAUGGGCAAGGCUGCUCGACACAGCUUUGAAUUUCAAGCUGCCCUGGAGGGACAGGGAAGUGCGCCUGCGUGUGCUGUACCACUGCCUUUACGGCUUACCCGACUCGAAGGCUCUACCUAGUGUGCCGACGGCCCUGCUCUCUCAGCGAUAUUCAGAGGAAGCGGAGAACCGCGUCGAGGCAAACGUCGAUACUCUGCGCAUUUCGCUGCCAGAGGCUUUGCGACAGCUGUCGACACAGAGGCAUCCUGGCGCCUACUUCCUCCUCACCUGUCACUUGGGUAAGGAACGCCUACCCGCCUGCCAGGGAUUCCCGUGGCUCACCUUCGGGGUGCUCUUGAUCCUGCUGGGAAUUCUUUGCGGCCCGGGCCGUCAAGCUCCGGUGGCCCUGCCUGCGCAGGGCUGGGCGGAGGCUGCAGCUUUUGAGCCGCUGCAAGGUGCUGCGCGGACAGCCGCAGUCACUCCAAUGCUUGUUGGUGCAGCGCUGCUCGUGACCCUGCGCAGAGUCACAUCCAGCCGGAUGCAGGAUUGGAGCCUUCUCUUGUGCCUGGGAAUGGUGAGCCUUGGUGCAGCCAACAGUGAUGUGCGCCUGGAGCGCAGAGAUGCGAAUUUCUCGGCAGGCUGCCUGCCCAUCUGUGACACCCAGGACACGGGGCGGGCUCCAGCCAGCCUCAACGUUGCCUUCGCCCUACAGCCGAGUACCAUGUGCUUCCGGACGCAGGUCACCAACGGAACAUCGGCCACUGUCUUGGGGAGUAGGCGGUGA